UGGGACUUAGGACGGGUCUUCCUAAGGCAGCCCGGUCAGGCGGCGACCGUAGAGGCGUCUGCCGCAGGUUAAGGGUGAGGGUCCUGUAGCCGGAGGUGGCGGCGAAUCCAGAACAGCUUGGCCUUACAAGUGACGCCUUAGAAGGCGUCACUCGCGGUUUCAAGUGCCCGCGCUGGGGCAGUGCCUGACCCUCACUCCAGUUGGCGGAGGAGAAGGAAGGGACCGGGCCGGGUCCCCUCCCCUCGCGCCCCGGAUGGAUGUGCCCGGCCCGGUGUCCCGGCGGGCCGCGGCAGCGGCGGCGGCCACUGUGCUCCUGCGCACCGCUCGGGUCCCUCGCGAGUGCUGGUUUUUGCCCACCUCGCUGCUCUGCGCCUACGGCUUCUUCGCCAGUCUCAGGCCGUCCGAGCCUUUCCUGACCCCGUACCUCCUGGGGCCGGACAAGAACCUGACCGAGAGGGAGGUCUUCAAUGAAAUUUAUCCAGUAUGGACUUACUCUUACCUGGUGCUGCUGUUUCCUGUGUUCCUUGCCACAGACUACCUCCGUUAUAAACCUGUUGUCCUACUGCAGGGGCUUAGCCUUAUUGUUACAUGGUUUAUGCUGCUCUAUGCCCAGGGACUGUUGGCCAUUCAAUUCCUAGAAUUUUUUUAUGGCAUUGCCACAGCCACUGAAAUUGCCUAUUACUCUUACAUCUACAGUGUAGUAGACCUGGGCAUGUACCAGAAAGUCACAAGUUACUGUCGAAGUGCCACUUUGGUGGGCUUUACAGUGGGCUCUGUCCUGGGGCAAAUCCUUGUCUCAGUGGCAGGCUGGUCCCUGUUCAGCCUGAAUGUCAUCUCUCUUACCUGUGUUUCAGUGGCUUUUGCUGUGGCCUGGUUUUUACCUAUGCCACAGAAGAGCCUCUUCUUUCACCACAUCGCUUCUACCUGCCAGAGAGUGAAUGGCAUCAAGGUACAAAAUGGUGGCAUUGUUACCGACACCACAGCUUCCAACCACCUUCCUGGAUGGGAGGAUAUUGAGUCAAAAAUCCCUCUAAAUAUGGAGGAGCCUCCCAUGGAGGAACCGGAACCCAAGCCAGACCGUCUCCUUGUGUUGAAAGUACUGUGGAAUGAUUUCCUGAUAUGCUACUCCUCUCGCCCUCUACUCUGUUGGUCUGUGUGGUGGGCCCUGUCUACCUGUGGCUAUUUUCAAGUUGUGAACUACACACAGGGCCUGUGGGAGAAAGUGAUGCCUUCCCGCUAUGCUGCUAUCUAUAAUGGCGGUGUAGAGGCCGUCUCAACCUUACUGGGUGCUGUUGCUGUGUUUGCUGUUGGUUACAUAAAAAUAUCCUGGUCAACUUGGGGAGAAAUGAUGUUAUCUCUCUUUUCUCUCCUGAUUGCUGCUGCAGUGUAUAUCAUGGACACUGUGGGUAACAUUUGGGUGUGCUAUGCAUCCUAUGUUGUCUUCAGAAUCAUCUACAUGUUACUCAUCACGAUAGCAACUUUUCAAAUUGCUGCAAACCUCAGCAUGGAACGCUAUGCCCUAGUAUUUGGCGUAAAUACCUUCAUUGCCCUGGCACUGCAGACGCUGCUCACUCUAAUUGUGGUAGAUGCCAGUGGCCUUGGAUUAGAAAUUACCACUCAGUUCUUGAUUUAUGCUGGUUAUUUUGCACUGAUUGCUGUGGUUUUCCUGGCCAAUGGUACAGUCAGUAUUAUGAAGAAAUACAGAAAGCCGGAAGAUCCAGAAUCAAGUUCUCAAGUAACCACUUCGUAAUACACUGCUGAAGGGCUUCUUCUUAUACCAAGAACUCUGCACAGCAGCUGCCUGGAUGUAUUUGAUUUUUAAAAAUGUAGACAUAUAUUUAUGAAUGUGCAUUUCAUGACUUCAAAGCAGCCACUUGGACUAAUACCUUGUGUUCCUGGAGUAACAUGAUAACUAUUCAUAGGACCAGAAAAGUUUAUUUCAUGGAUUAUUUAUGACAGCUAAUUUAAGGAUGACUUUUUUUUGAUUCAGAAGUGAACUUGAUUUUAAAAACCAAGCAGUCAAGAGCAAUCAAGCAGCACAGGGCAUUGUAUACUUUAUUAGCAAGUGAGUUUGAUGUUUUGUAGGUCACAUGUCUGUAUCUACUUAGCCAGAUGUUUGGCCUGGUGGGACCAGGGCUUCACAGAGGCCACAAAAUGUUACAAGUCACGAUGGAUGGAAAUGUGUUCUAACAGCAUCUGCCUCUAUUCAGUUCUUAUUUCUGUGUUACUCGUGGACAUUGGUGUUUCUAUCACUGGCAAUAUUUGCUCUGGUUUAGUGUUCUGUCUUUUAAGGUGUACGUGUCAUUUCUAAUUUUAAGUUAUUUAAAAAAAAAUCAUUGUAUGAAUGUUUUUGGUUCCCAUUGUGACAAUUAUGUAUUUGUGUAGCAUUUGUUUAGAAGUAUAUUUUUGCAUUAUUCAUAUGCUUCCCAGAGAAGCUCAUUUAGUUACAAAAUAAGGCAAGUUUUGAAGCCUGAUAAAUGAAGAGACCUAAGAAAGCUUAAGGUGGGUUUGCUUGUCUUUAAAUCUUCAGUAUGAAGGGCUAUUAAUUCCAAGAUGAAAAGUUCAUAGUGGGCUAAAUAUAGAAGUAGCCCAUUUGUAUUUGCAUUCUCUUUUAUUUCCAAAAUAAAAUGAAAACUUUUU